AUGGUGAAGGCUACCCGCGGCGUCCUGGUCACUUGCGACCCCGCCGUCAAGCAAAUCCUCCUGCAGCUCGACGAGAAGGCAGGCCGGCAUCGCUUCAUUAUCGCAGACCUUGACGAGACGCACGUCCUCAUCUCGCCGGACGCUGUCGAGCGGGUCAAGGACGAACUGGAAGAGGCGCUCGAAGCGAACCACUGGAACCCGCUCGCCGUCGAGGAUCAGUAG